GAACUACACAUCGCAAGAAUGUUCUUUGCACUACCCACUUGUUGUACUCCUACAAUGGAAUAUUUUUAUUCCUAUUUCAAUUGUAGCUAACUUUUCCGAUGGGUUUGGAAGUCGACUUUUUUUUUUGGAGGAACAUGACUUCUAGCGGGAUUCCCCCAGUACUAUCUAAGUGAUUCAUCCUGAGAGGCAUCUUUAGCACCUUUUGUAAGGGGAUAACACGCCUAAGAUGCUUUCCAAGAUGAAUUAUUGGGAGCUCUAACCCAGCUUUUGGCAAUCGCGGUGUGAUCCAACCCCAGUGGCAGGAAUGCGCCACUGCCCUAGACGGCCUGCCCUGGACGCGUGUACUGGUGUUGUCCCGGUGGGCCGAUACAGACAGUGUUGUGCAUAUUGAAACCUAUUAGCUGAACGGAAACCAGCUAGUCCUCUGGCUCUAUUGACAUAGAUAUUUUUUUGUGCGAGAGAAUGUCCGAUUUUGGUCUUGUUCGGUCUCAAUCAUUAGUUGCAUUUUGUGUAUUCAGCAGCAAGAGAGGGCGAAGGAGAAAGCUUUGACUACCUGCAGGGAGAUCUUGACUCCACUGGGUUACAGCGUAAACGCUCGCGGUGUCACCACGGAGGUAACUGUGUUUUGAGGCUUGUUUCUCGAGUGCAUUCUACUUAUGUGCGAUCGGGAUCGAUGCAUUCUGGAGAUGUACAGAUCGAGUAUGUGAAUGUACAACGAACACACAUGAUGCUCUAAGUACCCGAACCUGCGACAGGGAGUGAUAUUAGGCAGGUUAGUGUGGCGGAGUCCCGUGUGUCGUUCGAACAAUGGAAACAAAAUACCUUUCAAAGGUGAAUCGAUGAACCACAGCAACAAAACAUCUUGCCAACCACAAUUGUUAAGACUAAUGACCGCACUUGUAUGUAUCCUCUACACACGACAGUACUUCUAGUCAGUCCUGUUUUUCAGCACAACUUCUUGUAUCCUCUACAGAGUUUAAGGACUGUAGGGAUUCCCUUGGACGAGGAUUCUGUAGGGAUUCACCUUGUCUUUGAAUUAAUUUUCCUUGUCCUGAUUAAUCAUAAUCAUCCUUGUCUUUGAACCAAUUAUUCUUGUCCUGAUUAUCUUGUUCUGCUUAUUUAUCCUUGUCCUGAUUUUUAUUAUCUGUAGAAGGUAAAGCGGCUUCUAGAGAUUCACCUUCUCAGCAUUCACAUGUUGCAAUAGCUCUAAAAUUGGUGGAACAGUAGCAGCACCCGUUCUUGGAACAACGACAGGAGCAUCAACUCUCGGAAACUCUUUUGGGAUGAUGCAAAUGGGGACUUCCUUUCUUUUUCUUUUUAUGUAUUAGUAGGAAGUCCCCAUUUGGAUAAUCUUUCCUUGAAGAUCUACCACAUGUAUUAAUACAGAUUGUAUUCUUAAGAGAUCAACAUGAUGACUGUUGUAUUCUUGCGCAGGAGCUACAUUCUUGUUGCAAGAUCCGAAACUUGACUCAAUUUGCGAUGAUGUCAAACGCACAACGCACAACACAUCUUUCUUAUCUUUCGAUUGACGAGGAUAAAAAGAAACCACAGCAGGAACGAACAAGGGUUGUCGACCCACCACUGCAG